AUGUCAGAAUUCACUCCCAAUGGCUCCACAUGUAUCUUUGGACUUUGCAGCAAAUUUUUCAGAAGAAACUCAUUACCAAGGUCCCCAUCCCCAGCAGAAGAUGAAGGUAGACCUAGCAAAAGAACUAGGUCUCCAUCUCCAGUGAAACUAAAUACCAAACAGAAGAAAACUGAUGUUAAAGAAGAGGAAAUAACCAUCAUUGGAGAAGCAGAUCAAGAAUCUGAAAGGGAUGGUUCCAAAGAAAUCAGACUUGCAGAUGGAUUUUUAACCAGCAGGAAGCCAUUAAAGAAUCAAACUGUAAAGAAAGAAGAAUAUAAUAAUUAUCUUCUAGAAUCAGAGAGAAUAUAUAUCUUGUUUAAUUGUAGAAUCAGACAUUGA